CUGUCCCGGGGUGAAAACUAAACAGAAAAAGGCGGGGAUAGUUUCUUUGUGUAGGCAGCAACGUGAAGAAAACAAACGUACCCGGGAACACGGUGCAGGGCGAGGAGACGGAACGAGGUCGGCACAUGAAGUUAGCAGACAGUUAGCAUGGACUCUACAGGACAAUAUUCCUAACCUGGAGGAAUUCUUUCCAUCUGUGGACACUUCCGGACUAGAGGAAUAUUAAUAAGACAGGAAAGGACGGGGACUGAAGGUUUAGGACAGCCUCCAGCUCAUCUGUGGGACGAGACCCUUCUGACUUCAGGACGUCCGUCUGGAAUUAGUUCCCCCUGAAGAACAAGAAUGAGUUCUCCACAAAAGAAACGGAGAGGAGGAGAGGGACCCAAACGUCACCACUGUCAGCCCUGUGACAAAUCCUUCACAACAUCAAAAUAUUUAAAGAUUCAUCAGAAAGUUCACACUGGACAGAAUCUACACAGUUGUGAUCAAUGUGGGGCAGCUUUCACACAACAGAGUGGCCUAAAACGACAUCAACGCAUUCACACUGGAGAGAAGCCGUACAGCUGUGAUCAAUGUGGGGCAGCUUUCAAAACUCAGAGUCCCCUAAAAAAACAUCAACGCCUUCACACUGGAGAGAAUCUACACAGCUGUGAUCAAUGUGGGGCAGCUUUCACACAACCGAGUGACCUAAAACGACAUCAACACAUUCACACUGGAGAAAAGCCGUACAGCUGUGAUCAAUGUGAGAAAACCUUUUCUCUGAGUGGUAGCCUUAAAAGACACCGACGUGUUCACACUGGAGAGAAGCCGUACUGGUGUGAACAAUGUGGGGAAACUUUUUCUCAGAGUGGUAGCCUUAAAAGACACCAGCUCAUUCACACUGCCUCGUAGUGAACAUGUUUCCGAGCCAAGCUGUUUCCUCCUGCCUCCUCCUCAUGUCCUGAUAGCUGUGUUGUUAUAUUCUGAUCUUCUCUCCAGGUUUCAACUGCUAGCACUAUUUAACUAAUGCUGCAACAAAGGAGUAUUUGUUCUUCAUUAAAUAAAAAUCCCAUCACUGUUUACCAAGGUGAUGUUAAAUUGCUGAAAUAUAUAGUUUAUUGUCCUUUAAGACGAAAAGAAGAAGCAAAUCUUCAUAACUGGGAAGCUUUAAUCCAAACAUUUCUUACUGCUUAAAAAAUGACUUGA